AUGGGUGCGACCGCUCUGACAUUAGCAGCAGCUGGAGGCCUCUCUGCAUUAUCUUGUGUCCUAAUGUGCUCCUCUACGAGCGUCUUCUGUGCUCUACUAGAUCUUGGAGCUGAUCCCACGAAAAAGACUCUGAAGAAGAAAACUGCUGCAGAACUAGCAGAACAAUUUAAGCGACAUGACGUAUUAGCUAUAUUAGCGGAUAAAAGCAGAAUUAGACAUCAUGACAGGAUUGCUGUUGGAGACAUUCGGCAACUGAUAGCAGAAAAUCAACUGGAUUGUGCGGAAUUUGUUCGUGGCAAGCAGACAUCUCUAGCCGAAGGUGCAACACCGCUA